GGAAAAAGAGUUCGACUGCCCAACAGACGUCUGUUUUUAAGAGUUUUGCUAGUGGAACCCCCUACGACAAAACGUCUAAGCGGCACAAGGAAAUAACAGAGGCCAUUUCCACUUUUUUGGCAAAGGACAUGAUGCCCAUAAACUUAGUAACCCGACGUGGUUUCCUCAACAUGAUUAACAAACUGGACCGGAGAUAUGACAUCCCGUCGCGUAAUUACUUUUCCCAAGUCACGAUUCCCCAGUUGUAUGAAGGAUGCCGGAUGACAGUUGCGGAAGAAUUAAGCCACGUUGGAUUUUUUGUAAGUACCACAGACCUGUGGUCAAGCUGGACGACAGAACCGUGCUUGAGUUUUACGGUGCAUUUUCUCACUAUGGACUUCGAAUUAAAAACACGUUGUCUGGAGACCGUCUAUUUCCCGGAUUCGCACACAAGUAAAAACAUAGCGCAGGGAUUACUUGAUGUGAUCACAAGCUGGAAAUUUGGAGAAGAGCAGCAGGUGUGCAUCACCACAGACAACGGUCCCAAUGUCGUGAGAGCCACGGAGCUGAACAAGUGGGUCAGGCUUCAGUGUUUUGGACACAGGCUACACCUUGCAAUCGAAAGUUCCAUCAAAGAUGAUGCUCGCAUCACUCGAGUCAUUGGGCUUUGUAAAAAGUUAGUUGGACAUUUUUGUCACAGAUGGAAAGCCAAGACGGCAUUGAAAAAAUCCCAGAAGUACCACAACCUCCCAGAGCACACGCUGCUCACUGAAUGUCCAGCAAGGUGGGGUUCCAGUUAGAAGAUGGUUGAAAGAGUCCUGGAGCAGCAGUGGGCCAUUUCUGAUGUCCUCUCAGCAGACAAGAAAUCAAGACAUUUGAUUCCUACAUGGCAGGAUCUUGACAUGCUGGAAUCCAUCAAUUGGGCAUUACAUCCUUUGCAAGACUUCACAGAUGCUCUGUCAGGUGAGAGUUAUGUUAGUGUUUCAUACGUGAAACCAGUUCCCCAUCUGAUGAAGACAUCAGUGCUUGCUGAAAAGGACACAGACAGCGACUUGACAAAAUCCAUCAAG